AAUAAUGAUAACAAUAAUAAAAAUAAUGUUGAUAUUAAUAAUAAUAAUAAAAAUAACAAUGAUAAUAAUAUUUACAAUAACAAUAUUGAUGUUAAUCUGAAUUAUAAUAAAACAUGUUUUAUAAAUAAUGGCAAUGAGAACCAUGAUGUAUGAAUAAAACCUUUAUUAUCUCUAGAAUAAAAGAAAUAUCAGAAGUAAGUCCUGUUCUGCGCAAAGACAGCAAUACUGGAGCCACGCCUCAGCAUGCCGGAGAAUCAGAGAAGGCCCGCUGAUCUAUUCCUUUAAAACAGCAAUCACCAAGAUGUGGCGCGCGUAACGCGGUCUCACCAACAUGGCAGCGAUCAAAAUAAUCCGGCUUCAAAUUUUGGCGCGUACAAACCUACCGACUCGGGCGUCAUAGCCUACCGGCCUGACGUCAUACCCAACCAACUCCGUCAUUACUACUUCAUCGCUACGUCACAGGGUACUGGAAAAGCAGAAGAUACAAAUAAAAUACUCAUCUCAACAAAAGACCAGCCGACGUCUAGAGAGGAGACGGCCACAGAAACAACUGCCCUCUACCUCGUUCCUAUUCCACAGCCUCCCACUCUGGGGUAAGGUCUAUAGAGGUACUUAUAUAGACCUUGCUCUGGGGGUCCUCUGCGCCAUGCCCGACCCGGCGCUCGGACCUUAUCUGCGCAUUAUCUCAACCAAGAGGCAGACCUGCUUGCACCGGCUGACGCCCUUCCCACGACAAUGCCAGAGCGCGGCCAAAGACUCGGUAAUUCACUCUGUUGAAUGAUUCCAGUCCGUUCUGUGGUGCACACUUCCACGUGGAGCGGAGAGGUCUAACAGGCGCUGAGACACGGAAGAUGAAGAUCUUACCCUUCGCCCUUGCCCUGUGGGUCAGCGCCGCCCUGGCUCUUCAGGAGGAGAGGAGAGGAGUUAGCGGCCUGGAGGAGGAGCAGCUGGCGGAGGAGGAGGAGGCGCUGGCGGAGGUCCUGGCUGAGGAGCUCGAGGAGGAGGACGCCCUCGAGCCCGUCCUUGGGAACGACGACGACGUGGACGAAGGCGGCGACGAGUGUUCCAGAAUUUCCCCGAAGGAGGUCUUCCACACGGAGCUUCACCCGAGGCUCCUCAAAGCCAUGGACGAGAUGAGUCUUUACGUGGAAGCUGUGGUGGAGCGUGUGGAGACAGCAGUGGAAGUACUUCUGCCUCACGUCCCAGAUUCGCCCAUAGGAGAGCUGAAGAGCCAAGAGCUAUUUUCUGAGCUUCGUGACUUCAUGCUCGGGACGAUCCGUGACGCGUACGAGCUGGCGAGGACCGCCUGGAGGGACCUCAUCCGCGCCCACGCUCGAGGCAUGGGUAGCGAGGAGACGCUGCAGGCCCUCCAGCUCAUAAGAGACGCUCAGCAUCAGGGAGACCGUUACCUGAACGCCGCCCUUCAGGAGCUCUCGGUCACCAUCAAAGCCAUCGUCAUGAACAGCAUCUACGUGGUCCACAGGUCACUACGUUUGCCCGACGGCAGCAGGGAGCACGACGUCGCCGAGGCCAUCCACGGCGAACUCCCGAAGGUCGCCCCGAACUUCCUGGGGAACGUGAUGGCCAAAGUGUUGGAGAGAGGAUCAGAUCCCUCUGGCUACAAGAAGAUCUUGACAGAACCUUUAAGGGAUCUCAAUAAAGCUGUUGAUGAGAUGCAUGCAACGCUCGAGACUGCCAUGGAGAGCGGGAACUCAGAGGACAUGGCGGCCUUCUGGCGAGAGGUCGUCGCUCAGAGUCACCGGCGAAUGAGAGAUGAUCCCUUGCGUGAGGAAGAUCUUGAAAUAAUUUAUCGAAACGAAACGUAUUUGACAGAACUUACCCUAAGUCUCAUGGCAACGUGGUGAGAGACAGCACCAUUAUAAAAGAAAGAGAAAUGAAAUGGGUCAACUCUCUUUUUUUUCUCCUCACAAUCUUGUCCUAGAUUGAUCUAAUAAAAGAGUACAAUAUUAUAUUUA